AGCACAGACGGAUUAGCCGGAGACAGCAGGAGGACUUUCACAGUAAUCAUGGUGGAUGCAGCAGCAGCAGAGCAGUUCCUCGAUGCCAACCCGCAGUUUGCCAAGCAGUACUUCGACAUGAACUUCCGGCCUAAGAUCAUCUCGGACUUGCUGGAUCCCAACCGCAAGACGGCAGUAAACAUUAGCACGUUUCACGAGCUGACGAUGGUGGAUGAGAGCGAGAUCCUCAUCGACCUGGUGCGUGACAUCCAGGAUAACCUGAACAUGGAGAAGUCCGUUUUCAGGCUGAUGAAGCACCUCAGCUUCAUGCUGCGGGUGGAUCGCAUGAGUCUCUUUAUGUACCGGCAGAGGAACGGCGUCGCUGAGCUCGCCACCAGGUUGUUCAACGUUCAUAAAGACGCCAUUUUUGACGAGUGCCUCGUGCAACCCGACAGUGAAAUCGUGUACCCGCUGGAUAUGGGCAUCGUGGGCCACGUGGCCACCAGCAAAAAGAUGGUCAACAUUUCUGACGUGUCACAGAGCACACACUUCAGCAGCUUUGUGGAUGAGCUGACCGAGUACGUGACGAAGAAUGUCCUCGCCGUCCCGAUCAUGAACGGUAAAGACAUGGUGGCUGUCAUGAUGGCUGUUAACAAGCUGGAUGGCCCGUGCUUCACUGCCAAGGAUGAAGAGACCCUGAACAAAUAUCUGAACUUUGCUAACCUGGCACUGAGAGUUUUCCACCUGAGCUACCUACACAACUGUGAGACCAGGAGAGGACAGGUGUUGCUGUGGUCAGCCAGCAAGGUGUUUGAGGAGAUGACAGACAUCGAGAGGCAGUUCCACAAAGCCUUGUACACAGUCCGAGCUUUCCUCAACUGUGACCGCUACUCUGUGGGUUUGCUGGACAUGACCAAGACCAAGGAGUUCUUUGACUUGUGGCCUGUUUUGAUGGGAGAGGUUCCUCCUUAUGAUGGACCCAAAACUCCUGAUGGCAGGGAAAUCAUCUUCUACAAAGUGAUUGACUACAUCCUCCAUGGCAAAGAGGACAUCAAAGUCAUACCGGGUCCUCCAGCAGAUCACUGGGCCCUGGUCAGCGGUUUACCCACCUAUGUAGCAGAAACUGGGCUGAUUUGUAACAUAAUGAACGCAGCUGAGGACGAGUUUUUCAGCUUUCAGACGGAGCCGCUGGACGACUCUGGUUGGACCAUUAAGAACGUUCUGUCCAUGCCCAUCGUCAACAAGAAGGAAGAGAUUGUGGGUGUGGCCACAUUCUAUAACAGGAAGGAUGGGAAACCUUUUGAUGAGAUGGAUGAAACCCUGAUGGAGUCUCUGACUCAGUUCCUGGGCUGGUCGGUGCUCAACACCGACACCUACGAUAAGAUGAACAAACUGGAAAACAGGAAGGACAUCUACCAGGACAUGGUGCUCUACCAUGUCAAGUGUCGCAAAGAUGAAAUCCAAAACGUCCUGAACACCAGAGAGAGGUGGGGGAAGGAACCGGACGAGUGCGAGGAGGAGGAGCUUCAGGAGAUCCUGUCCGAGGUGCUGCCGAACUCCAAGAAAGCCGAGAUCUUCGAGUUUCACUUCUGUGACUUUGAACACAGCGAACUGGACCUGGUGAAGUGUGGCGUCAAGAUGUACUACGAACUCAAAGUGGUGGACAAGUUUCACAUUCCCAGAGAGGUCCUGGUGAGGUUCAUGUACUCCCUGAGUAAAGGCUACAGGAAGAUCACCUACCACAACUGGAGGCACGGAUUCAACGUUGGACAGACAAUGUUCACCCUGCUGAUGACAGGUGAUCUGAAGCGUUACUACACAGACCUGGAGUGCAUGGCCAUGGUAACCGCCGGCUUCUGUCACGAUAUCGACCACAGAGGAACCAACAACCUAUACCAGAUGAAGUCUGGUAAUCCUCUGGCGAAGCUUCACGGCUCCUCCAUCUUGGAAAGACACCAUCUGGAGUUUGGAAAGACUUUGCUGAGAGAUGAGGCGCUGAACAUUUAUCAGAAUCUGAACCGCCGUCAGCACGACCUUGUCAUCCACCUUAUGGACAUCGCCAUCAUCGCCACUGAUCUGGCUCUGUACUUCAAGAAGAGGACCAUGUUCCAGAAGAUUGUAGACCAGUCCAAGACCUACGAGAACUGGAACGACUGGACCAAAUACAUGAUGCUGGAGACUACACGCAAAGAGAUCGUCAUGGCGAUGAUGAUGACAGCCUGUGACCUGUCCGCCAUUGCCAAACCGUGGGAGAUCCAGAGUAAGGUGGCGCUGUCUGUCGCUGCAGAGUUCUGGGAGCAGGGAGACUUGGAGAGGACGGUCCUCGAGCAGCAGCCUAUCCCCAUGAUGGACAGGAACAAAGCGGAGGAACUUCCGAAGCUGCAGUGUGGCUUCAUCGACUUUGUCUGCGCCUUUGUGUACAAGGAGUUCAGUCGCUUCCACGUGGAGAUCACCCCGAUGCUGGACCGGCUGAUGAACAACAGGAAGGAGUGGAAUGCCCUGAAGGAGGAGCACGAUGCCAAGGUCGCUGCCAUCGAGGCGGCUAAGAAAGCCAAGGAGGAGGAGGCUGAGAAAGCUGCGGCAGCCAGACAAGCGAGCGCGGCCCAGUCUCAGUCAAAGACGUGCAUUCUCAGCUAGAGCUGCUCAUGGUACCCUGCCGGGUUGGCUCAACAUGCCGCACCUGAGGAACCCACUUCGCUGGGAGGUCGUUUCCUGCUUUGGACACUUGUUUCCUGCAGCUGCCGCUUCAUAAAUGUCCUUGGUCUGCUGUAAAUGUGUCUCAUUCGCUCUUCUGUGCUUCCUGUUGCAUUCAUUUGUUUGUGGGAAUCACAGUUUUUUACAUUUACCGUCAGUUUAGUGCAGGAUCACAGUGCAAGGCCCUUAAGCUGAGCCCAAUAUCGCAGGAUACUCUCGAAGACUGUGACAACAAUAUUUCCAUGAAUCAAAUGUCAGAAACCAUUUCUGUAUUAUUUUGCUUUGACAAUGUGUCCCAGGUCAUGUGCACACUGUCAGAGAGUCACAAUAAGAACUCUGUGAUUCGUUAGAAGGUUGUAAAAUAGAAGCUGCUGCCUUUUCUUUGCAUCAUUUCCUGUAGCUGACGCAGUGAUGGGAGCCUUUCAGUCGUCCCUCACUCACCUGUGUCGCAUUCAUGUUCAGGAUGUAACAUGCAUCACUUCUGUGUCUGCGCACUGACUGCUCACACACACACACACAACACACACACACACACACACACACACACACACACACACACACACACACACACCAAAGACGCUCACUUUGUAAUGAAGAAAAGAGAAACAGCUUGUUUGCAAACAUUAGUAAAGAUUUCUGACUAUUUCCCUACUGAA